UUGACCCUUCACCUCCGGCCAUUGACAUCUAUAUAUAUAUAAUCCUUAUAACCCAAGGUAUCUAUAAAUGAUCCCCUCGCUUCCCUCGGGCAACCCCCAUAUACCGAACUUCCGCCAAAUAAUUGAUUUUAUAAAUAAAACGUUUUAUUAAAAUCGCAAAUAUUUUUGCGUAUAAAUCAAUUGACAUUUUAAGUUUUGGCAAAAUUGUUAUACAAAUUGUAUUGAAUUUGUGAUUAGAUAUCAUAAAUAAUGGGAAAUUUAUUACGGCUGCUAUCGAGGGAUGAAACGCCAAAAUAUGAUGUUUUUGUCGAUUUUGAAAAUGCCCGACCGACAGACACUGAGAAGGAGGUCUACAUAUUAGUUGAAUGUGUUUUGAUUGAAGCAAAUGAUAUAUUGUCUGCAUUACAGACAUAUAAAGGCGCCGGAACUGAGAUCAGAGAGGCAAUCGGAAAUCCGUUGAAUGAAGAACAGCAGAUCAAAGCCUGGGAUGCAGUCCUACCACUCGUUAAUAAACUCAAACAUUUCUACCAGUUUUCACUCAAAUUAGAGGAUUGUGUGCCGAAAGUGUUGUCGGCGCUGUGCUCCGGGUCGAUGAGUCCGCGCCAACAUUUAGAGACACAGCAGGCGUUAGUCAAACAAUUUGCAGAGAUAUUAGAUUUUGUACUCAAGUUUGAUGACCUCAAGAUGACUAACCCCUCCAUUCAAAAUGACUUCAGUUAUUAUAGACGAACAGUGAAUCGGCUUCGGAUCGCAAAUCAGGAUAACCCGAUAUUUGCCGAAAACAAUGUCAAUAUUAGUAACGAAGUGGCAAACAGAAUGUCUCUAUUUUAUGCUCAGCCGACUCCUAUGCUUAAAGUAUUGUCAGACUCGACCUCACAUUUUGUUGUUAAUAACAAAGAGCUUCCCAUCGAAAAUACCACCGAAACGUUAGGAACGAUGGCUAAAGUUUGCCAACGAAUGAUUGAAAAUCAUGAAUUUUAUUCGCGUUUCCAAAAAGAGGACACAAUAUUGUUUGUAUUACGAGUGAUGGUCGGUGUGAUCAUACUCUACGAUCACGUGCAUCCCGUCGGAGCUUUUGUUAAGUCAUCCCAUAUUGAUGUCCGCGGAUCCAUCAAAGUCCUCAAAGAACAGCCACCAAAUGUGGUCGAAGGCUUACUCAAUGCCCUCAGGUAUACCACUCGUCAUCUAAAUGAUGUGACAACACCUAAAAAUAUCAAAAAUCUUCUCACAUAAAGUAGUCUAUAAUAAUUAUUUUAGACUAUUGUUAUCAUAAAUACUAAAAACAAUCUUUUAAAAUACAAUUUUUUUACCAAAAAU